AUGUUCCAAAGUCCAAUCAGUACAUGUCUGUCUAUCUAUCUAUCUAUCUAUCUAUCUAUCUAUCUAUCUAUCUAUCUAAGUCUGUUCAGAUCUAUCUAUAUAUCUAUCUCUAAUCUGUUCAGAUCUAUCUCUCUAUCUAUCUAUCUAUCUAUCUAUCUAUCUAUCUAUCUAUCUAUCUAUCUAUCUAUCUCAGACAAUACAUAUCUAUCUAUCUAUCUAUCUAUCUAUCUAUCUAAAUCUAUCUAUCUAUCUAUCUAUCUAUCUAUCUAUCUAUCUAUCGGAGUUUGUUCAUUAUCUAUCUGUGGCAGUCUGUUCAUAUCUAUCUAUCUAUCUAUCUAUCUAUCUAUCUAUCUAUCUAUCUAUCUAUCUAUCAACAUAUCUAUCUAUCGGAGUUUGUUCAUUAUCUAUCUGUGGCAGUCUGUUCAUAUCUAUCUAUCUAUCUAUCUAUCUCAGAAUGUUCUAUCUAUCUAUCUAUCUAUCUAUCUAUUUCGCAUCCUGGACUAUCGAUCUGUUUUAGUUUUCUUCCUCUUCGUCGACAUCUACCUUUUUAUGUCUCUCUCCUCCCUUUCUAACUCUCACUCUCUAUCUCUCUCUCUCUGUCUGUCUGUCUGUCGGCCUGUUGUCUCUAAUUCUGUUUAUAUCUAUGCAAAUUUCUAA